AUGUUUCAUCAAAAUUCAUUCCACUCACAACCAUCAACUACUUCACAUACUGUUGCACAAACAAUGUUUUCUUACCCUCCUCCAUCUCAAACCAUUCCAAUAUCAUCUACCUCAAAUUCAGGCCAAGAAAAUAUUGUCUCUCCAAAUAUGGUUGACCAAUGGAACACAAGAAUAAUAAAUCAAUAUUAUUCUAAAAAUUCCAAACCAAUUGAAAACAUCAUUGGAAAAGGAUCUACCAGCGAUAAGACAUACAUGGAACCAGAUGGUUUGAGGUAUUAUAUGGAUAUUAAGGACCAUUUUGGGUUGACCAUGAUGAAGGACAACAUUUUAACAAAUUCAUUCAAGUACAAGAAAAGUGAUUAUUCGAAAAUAACUUCCAAAAACAAAAAAGGUGAAAGAUUAUUGAUGAGAUUAGGUGGUCAUGAUUUAUUAGCAAAGAUGGAGGGGUUUACUAACAUUUAUUCAUUUCUUGGAAUCCUUCUAAGGAAUGAUCUAUUGGAUAAAAAGAGAUUACAUGAAGAGGGAUUUAUUUCGAAACAAGAAACAUCCCAUCAAACCAAAAAAACCACUUCCACUGACAAGGUGUUUGAGAAUGAGAGAGUAGAAAUUUCAAAAAUCAAGGGAAAACAAUGGGAAGAAUCUCAAAAAAGAAAAAUAGAAAAGGUACAACAAUCUGGAAAAGAAACACCCAAAAAGAAGAAAAGAAAACCUACAUAUAGCUCAACAAUUAAUACAACAAUCCUUAAGCAAGUGGUGGUGAAGAAUAGACAACAGGUUUCCAACAAAACAGUUGACAUGUUUAGAAAUGAAGGAAAUGUUAAUGAUCUCUCUUCAUCAAGUAUUCUUCAACAUGCUCAGUCAUCAACUGAUUUGCUUUGUUCAGACUUUUUCAAUUUGAAAGUGUUGACAUUAGAAGGAGAGGGUAAAUUAAUAUACCAUUCAAUUUUCCCAACACUAUGUUGUUACGCUCUGCAACAUAAGAAGUGGAUUGGUUGGAUGAAAGAUAAGGGACGGCCUUUAUGUGAACAAGACAAAAAGGAAACAAAAGAUUUAAUUGUUGCAUUGAAUUUGGAUUAUGCAGCAAAUUCUAAAUUGACAACGAUAUAUAUUACUGUUAUUAACAGUAAAUGUUUUGGAACCGGUCAGUCCAGAGCUGUAUGUGCACCACUGGCCAUUUGGAAGGGAGAUGAAGGAGAAAUCAAACAUGUAGCUGAGCAUUUUAAAAAGGAGAUUGAGAUUAUAAGAAAGAAUGGUAUUACUAUUGGAUCGUAUCAUUGCAGUGUAGAUGUUUUCCUUACGAUGGACUUGAAAGCUCUCGGUGAAGUUUGUCCUGGAGUUAAACAGGAUAGUUGGUGUCCAUUUUGUAAUAUCACAUUCCCAAUUUGCACCAAACAUCACAGACCACGAACACUAACAGAGCUUGGAUGUAUAUUGGGAUUACCAGCGAGUAAUAUUAUUAUUUGUGUACUUCAUGCAAAGGAAAGAUUAUGCGAAAAUAUACUAAGAAUUACUUUGAGUGGAAUGAAAGAAAAGGAGAAAUUUUGGACUGCCGUUACAAAAAUUAAGGGUUUAGAAUAUAUUAAUAAGGUGGAGGAUGAGGAUUGGAACGAAGUGAGAAUAUUUUUGCAUGGCAAUACUUGUAAUACUCUUUUAGAAAACAUUAAUGUAAUGGCUCCAUUCUUUGAAUCUGAGAAAACAAAGGAUUUAUGGCAUAGUUUGAAACAGGUAUUUCACAACAUUGAUUAUGAUAAGCCAAUGGAUGUUCUUUCCGAUUCUCUUUCAAAAUUCUGGAAAUUAUAUAUCACUACUGUACAAGGAUUUCCUGGAAAGUCAUGGUAUGCACACAUUUUGGUGAAACAUAUCAUCCCAUUGAAAGAACGAGUUGGUCAUGUUAAACUCUUCGAAACACAGGCUUUCGAGAGUAGUCAUAUUGAAGAAUUGGACACGAUUAACUUCGGCUCUAGCAAAGGUGGUGGUCAUCUUCACACCUACCAUGAUUCCUUAUUUUCGAACACCAAAGAUUAUUCACAAAUGUUUAGUUCCAAUGGUGUUGUUCUUCCAAGUGGAAUGGAUUUUGGUAUUGAUGAAAACAAAGAUUUAUUGAAGAAGGUUUUUAGUAUUCAGCCUGUUGAAGAGAGAACCAUCAUUUCAUUAGGAUUGGAGGGGAAAUUACUUGCUCAAGUGAUACUACGAAAACUUAGAAUACUCUUGUUAACAACAAUACUACCAAACACCUUCCUUUUACCACAUCCACGGUCGUUAACGAAAAAGAGAUUGGAAGAAUUGAAGGAAGAUUAUACUGUAAAAUUGAAUAAUGAUGAAGUUAUUCUUCAACAGCUAUGCGAGAGAGAAGCAGAUACAAGACUUUUCCAACCACACCAAUGUUGUCAAGGAACUGUUGUUGUACCAGCAGAUUUAGAAGAAUACCACAUUUCCACAAACAAGGUAAACACCAUCCCAACUAACAAGACUGCUGCUGAACAUGUAGAUGAAGAACAGCAAAGAACAAGAGGAAAAUUGAAAGCUGUGUCUGAAGUCAGAAGAACAACAGCAGCGUUUGCUGCGUUGACAAGAACGGUCAACAAGAAAUAA